UAGAGUUGAUAAAAAAAUUCAAAGGAAGAUUAAAGCAGAUUUUAAAAACGCAGUUAAACUCACGUAAUACCGUAAAAGCUAUAAACACUUAUGCAAUACCAAUCCUUACGUAUUCGUUUGGAAUAAUAAAAUGGUCCAAAACGGAGUUAUUAAAACUACAGCGAAUAAUUAAUACACAGAUGACAGCCUAUAGAAAACACCAUCCCAAAACAUGUACCCAACGACUUACACUACCGCGCCGAGAAGGAGGAAGAGGCUUAAUAGACGUGCAAAAUUUACAUAAUAACUUAAUCAUAAAAUUGAGAAAAUAUUUUCAUUUUAAAGCUGAACAAACAGACAUCCACAACUUUGUAUCUCAAAUAGACAAGAACUUUACUCCUCUUAAUCUACAAGAUAAGAAUCUGAAAUCUAAUAUCAUAAGCAAAGAACAGAAAAUCCAUAUGUGGACGCAAAAGUCUCUGCAUGGUAGACAUAGAGCUGAUCUCGGCCAAGCACAUGUCGACGAAGAGGCUUCGAACAUGUGGUUGAGCCGAGGCGAGUUAUUUCCGGAAACGGAGGCUUUUGCGAUCGCUAUUCAAGACCAAGUAAUAGCCACCCGGAACUACCAGAAACAUAUCAUCCAUAUGCCCAAUCUGCCUACAGAUUUGUGUAGACGCUGUCUCAGUAGUUCAGAAACAAUUCAACAUAUCACCGGUGCUUGUAAAUCCUUAGCCCAAACUGAUUACAAGCAUCGGCAUGAUCAAAUAGCAGCAAUAGUGCAUCAAAACCUAGCCCACCAAUACAAAUUUAUUGCAAAUAAAACAGCAUACUACAAAUAUCAACCAAGUACAGUUUUGGACAACAAAGACUACAAGAUCUACUGGGACAGAACCAUCAUGACAGAUAAAACCAUACAUUAUAAUAGACCCGACAUUACAGUAAUGGACAAAAAUAACAAAACCGUCUUUAUUAUUGACAUAGCAGCAUGUAACACGCACAAUCUCCUCAAUACACACACAGAAAAGAUGGCCAAAUAUAUUGAUUUGGCUACAGAAAUAAAAAGACAGUGGGCAAUAGACACAGUCAAAAUUGUACCGAUAGUUAUCUCUAGCACAGGCGUCAUCCCUAAAACGCUUCAAAGUAAUCUUAAUACAUUAAAAAUGCCUAAAAACACGCUCGCGCUCAUUCAAAAAGCAGUUAUCCUCAACACCUGUCGCAUAACGCGAAAGUUUCUAAAUUCACCAGCAUCAUCGUAAAAAUAUGCCACACUUGGCUUAGGCCCGUGUGACAUACAAUUUACCCCUGUAAAAAGGGAGACAAAAUGA